GAGCAGUGAUACAGAGAAAACGCAUAAACACAAUAAACAGACAGCUAUUAGAAAGCUUCCUGAAUUUGGUUUCUAUUCUUCAAAAGAAACCGAUUCCUUCUUCUCUUUCUUUUUCUCUGUAAUUUCGUAGUACCCAUUUUUCUCUGUUUUUGGCAAUACAACAAAAAAGUGGAAGCGAAUGAUGCUGAAUACCAACCCAUUUGCCAAAGCAAAGCACAGAAUAAAGUAGAACAACAAAAAGGGUAACAAUCAUCUUCUUCCUCCCUUCGCAUCUCCUUUCAUAAAAUCCCAUUUCAGAACAACAAGAACAAGAAGGAAAAGAAAAAGGGGUUCUCCAUUUCUUUCUCCUUUUUCCGCCAUGGGUCUCUGCUUCACCAGAACCCGCGACAUUCCAAUCGACUCCUUCUCCUAUGCCUCAGACCCAUCUCCGCAAAUCAAGCCUCAUUCUCAAGACCCACCAAACCCAAACCCAAAACCACCGCCAAAGCCGCAACCGAUUCCCUCUUACAAGUCCGUUCCGCGGUCGCAGAUUGGCCCACUCACCGGCCGUCCUUACAUCAACAUAACCACACUCUACGAACUCCACAAGGAGCUGGGUCGAGGUCAGUUCGGUAUUACUUAUCUCUGUACCGAGAAAGCCACUGGUCUUAAAUACGCUUGCAAGACGAUUUCCAGGAGAAAAAUGGUGAAUCCGAAGGAUAUUGAAGAUGUGAGAAGGGAGAUUUUGAUUUUGCAGCAUUUGACUGGGCAACCCAAUGUCGUGGAGUUUAAAGGGGCGUAUGAGGAUAAGAGGAAUUUGCAUCUGAUUAUGGAGCUGUGUUCUGGCGGAGAGCUUUUCGAUCGGAUUAUUAAGAAGAAGAGUUACUCGGAACGAGAAGCGGCGUCGAUUUGUAAGCAGAUUUUGAACGUGGUUCAUGCUUGUCAUUUCAUGGGGGUUAUGCACAGAGAUUUGAAGCCUGAGAACUUCCUGAUGGUCAAUGAAGACGACGAUUCGCCGAUUAAGGCUACCGAUUUUGGACUCUCUGUUUUCAUUGAAGAAGGCAAAGUAUACAGAGACAUAGUUGGAAGUGCAUAUUAUAUUGCCCCUGAGGUUUUGCAGCGAAAUUAUGGGAAGGAAAUUGAUGUGUGGAGCGCUGGGGUUAUUCUCUACAUUAUCUUGUGUGGGGAGCCUCCCUUUUGGGGAAAGACCGAGGACGAGAUAAUAAAAGCGGUCCAGAAAGGCAACCUAAAAAUGGAAGAUGCUCCAUGGCCUUCCAUAUCCCCUUCUGCCAAGGAUCUUGUCUCUAAAAUGUUGACGAGGGACCCAAAGAAGCGGAUCACCGCUGCUGAAGCACUCGAACAUCCUUGGUUGAAGAUUGAGGGUGAGGCCUCUACCAAGCCCAUUGAUAGCGCUGUGCUCAUUAGGAUGAAACAGUUCAGAGCAAUGAACAAGUUUAAGCAACUUGCUCUCAAGGUAAUGGCAGAAAACCUUUCAGAAGAAGAAUUAAAGGGUCUAAAUCAAAUGUUCAAGAACAUAGACACUGAUAGAAGUGGUACCAUCACAUUUGAUGAGCUGAAAAAAGGUCUGUCCAGGCUCGGUUCAAGGCUUUCCGAACACGAAAUAAAACAACUAAUGGAUGCGGCUGAUGUCGAUAGAAAUGGGACAAUUGAUUAUGGCGAGUUUAUUACUGCAACAAUGCAUCGACAUAGGCUCGAGAAAGAAGAGAACAUAUACAAGGCCUUCCAGUUCUUUGACAUCGAUCGAAGCGGAUUUAUCACAAGAGAUGAACUCAAACAAGCCAUGACUCAGUAUGACAUGGGAGAUGAAGAGACCAUAAAUGAAAUUAUCAACGAUGUUGAUAUCGAUGGAGAUGGAAAAAUUAACUACGACGAGUUUGUUAACAUGAUGACAAAAGGGACAGUGGAAGCAAAAAUGAACUAGAUUACAGUUUACAGGUUGUAAAAAGGAAAAAGAUGAGUAAGUUUGUUGUGUAUAGAUAUGUAAUUGAUGAUUGCAAUGAGAAAGUGUAACUAUACAAACUACAAAAUCAAUAAUGUCCAUUAUACUACGAAGUUUCUACUUAUCAAUGCACGAUUCU